AUGAGAAUACUUAUCAAAGAGACUGUGCCUUUGGGGUUACAGCCAGCCACACAAAUUCUUGAGUGUCAGUGCACCAAUUUUAUAGUCCGUACAACUCUGGCAUCAGGCAGUCUGGCCCUCAUCCACAAAGGGACAGAGACUCUUCUUAAACUAAAUAGUUUCCCAGGAUUGACGGAUGGAAUAGCGGUCUGCGCAAAAGGGGAUUUCUGCGCAAGGUACGUGGCCAUUCCGACCGACGGGUCACAGGGGCAUGUUGCGGUGUGGGCAGGGAACGGCAUCGCUGUGACGGUCCUCGGUCGAUUCAAUUUGCAUAUUCCGGAGACGUCACCGGCCGGCUGGGUUGACUUCAACAUAGAACGACAAGGUCCCAAGUACUGUGUUUACUCGAAGUCACGUCCGGGGCUGAAGUUUUGUGACAAGGCUGUGGGACAGUUGACGUUUACUAGUAAUCUUCAGACGAUGUGGCGAUUUGAAAAACAUUUGGAUAUAUCUGCGCCGAGGUCAAAGUGCAAGCAAAACCACCUCCUCUCUUUCCGUGCGGAUAUUAGGAGGACCCCGACGAAGAUUUUUUGGCAGCCCGGAAUAUCGGGACGAAGUCUGACCAUCGGCUUCUAUUAUGCAAAUGGUCGAUAUGAAGAAUUCGUAAUCGCUAUAGAAUCAUCCCGGCGAAUUUGGUAUGACAUUACAUUUCGGCGUGCGAUCAAUGAAACCUCCUGCGUUGUGACGAGUACGCUUCUCGAUGUGUCAGGCACUUGUCUGCAGGACCAAAGAGAAGCUAAUAUAAUUUACUUUAGAAGCACUAACGAUGCUGGGGUAACGGCACCCAGCUACUUUACAGCGGACUGCAGAGAGAAACCUGGUCACAAGCUCCUCUGCAAAAACGAGACUUUCUGUGCGAGGUACGUGGGUCUUCUGAUAGACGAUGUGCCCCGCGCGGUGAGCGUGUGGGCCGGCGAGGGCACCGCGGUGGUGGUCCGCGGCCCAGUCGAUAUGCUCCUGCCGUCCUCUUCAGAAGCCGGUUGGUUUAACUUCACUGCAGCGCGACGCGGAUCCAAGUAUUGUCUUAUCUCGGAGUUCUUUCCGGAGCAUGAGUAUUGUAAUGCUUCUACGAACCAUCUGACGCUUGCCAGUAAUCUGGAGACAGAGUGGAGGCUUCAUCCUGCGAAUGGAAGUGCGGCAUGCAGCUACUACAGCCUCCUCUCUCUACACGUGGAUGUACAGGAUUCGCCAACUAAGCUGUUCUGGCGGAGUAUCAGCGGAACGACUAUUUUGCGACUGGGUUUUCGCUAUCAUGAAGGGGAAUAUCAAGAAUUUUCAGUCUCCCGUAUCACAGACUCACAUCCCUGGUGCGACCUCGUAGUUCAGCGCUUGUUGCAGAGAACCUCCUGUGUUGUCCGCAGUUCUGUUCUCAACGUGGAGCACAUUUGCAGUUCGAUUCAGGGAAAUGUAGUCGAGGUCGUUUACCUAAGGAGUCUCGAUUCCUCAGGGACACGAGUUCCCAGCUACUUCGCCAUGAACUGCAGCAUCGCCACACUUCCAAGACUGCCUUCUCGCCGUGGCACCGACUGGCGCGUGACUGUCCUCCCACCACUCUCCCUCCUCGUGACUGUCCUUGUCACCUCGCUCGCCUGUCUUUGGAAAGCAAGAUUUUCCAGCACCCGCGAGGCCUCUCAGAAUGACCCUCUCGGCCCUCCAGCUCCUCCUGCGCCUUCCUGUCUCGUGGUGCCACCUCCGCCUCCACUUCUACCUCCCCCUCCACUUCCACCUCCGUCUUCGCUUCUACCUCCCCCUCCACUUCCACCUCCGUCUCCACUUCCACCUCCGCCUCCAACUGCACCUCUACUUCCGCCUCCGCCUCCUCCACCUCUAUCUCCUGUCAACGAAAGCAUCGAGUUGGAUUACAUGAAACCCCAACGAGUCACGGAGUUUGGGGAAGCGAAUAUCCUCAACGAUCCUCUUGAUUAUGAGACUUGUGUGGAUGAUGAUGCUGAUAUGACUGACACGAAUUCCCUCUACGUUUCUUUUGAUGUGCGGCCCGAAGGUCGGAACAGGGCAGAGGAAGAGGAAAACAGGGAAGAAAGAUGA